AUGGGGAGGGGCCGAAACUCCAGGGCAGCAGAGAUGGUUGGGAAGAGGAUGUAUCUGUGGUGUGACAGCUCUCGACGCGGUAAUGAUUGGGGGAUCGGAGUCAUUCUGGUUUUUUGCCGACUUGUUCGAACCACUAUUUGCUUUUGUGUGUCAUGUCUAAGGGGCGGCACAAAGGGAGGCAAACAGAGGUGCUUGGGAAAAGCGCAAAAUCGACAGGAAUCGCAAAAAAUACUGGGUCUGCAAAAAAACACAAACGCAGAUCUACGCAGGCAACCAAGAUCCAUGAGAUAUGCCGCCGGACGGGUCGUCACAUUUCCUGUGCCAACUACGGCUUGGUUCCCGGGACAAUGUGACAGAGGAAAAACCGAAAAAGAGUGA